AUAUAUAGAAGGUUGUUUUUUUGUUUUGAGUUCUUAUAAUUUAAAUGCCAUCACUUUUUUGAUAGAAAUAUGACUGUUUUGUGUAAAAUACUCUGAAGACUCUUUAGACUAUCAUAGCUUUUUGGCCACCAAGGGACUAUCUGAUUUAAGGUCAAGGUUUUUGGAAGUUUCACAAUAUAAAACCUCAUAUGAAAAUGUUUAUUUUGAGCGCCAGCAAAACUGAAGUGGACCAACAUGGCCAGUCACUCCAUCAACAACUUCUAUUAGCUUUAUGUCUUGGCAUUUUUGCAUGUUAUGAGCUCUAGUUGAUGAUAAUAAUGAUGAACUAGUUAAAGCUUCACGGACAUAUAUAACUGUCACUUUCCCAUAAUUGCAGAGGAAAUGAUCAGGGGUUUAACAAAAGUAAGCUGGGAAAGGGUUGAUGUUAACUUCAAGGGAAGUAAACAACGAUUUUUCGCACACAAUACCAUUCAGGUGAAAAGCUACUGUAUUAAUUAUGAUGGAGCUGAUGUGAUCCAACAUAUGGUGGACAAUUUUCUCUUAUAAGAGGCUCCAAAUCAAUUUAUUCGCGGUAGCAUGUUGGAUGGUAGGAACAACACUAAUGUAAGGUUACUCUCAUCAGCUGGUAGCCAAGGCAGGGUUGGGAGGAACCGAAGAGGCAUUAAAGUGCAUCCCCAGGGAGGGACAGCCAAGACAAGCAAGUCGGAGUUACACCGUAUGUUCUUUCAUUAAAUUUAAGUAUGACAAGGAGAUAGAGAAGGAGUGCUCUUGGUGGAAGUCUUCUGCAAGGAAGGCAUCAAUACAUGAAUGAACGAGAAUUUAUAUAGUGCAUUAGGUAAUGGAGAUAAGUUUUUUCUUUUGCCAGCAGCAAUGAAGAGAAGUUUUGAAAAACCUUGUGAUAAUAAUUAAAAGAUCUCUUCUACUCAUGAGGAUGUACUAGUUUUCUGGUCUGUCUGUCAGGUGCCACGCUCGUUAGAACUAAGACGACGUAUUGUUCAAACUUUGCAAUAUCCAAUUGUAUCCGAAAUUCCCAAUAUACGUGUAUUGGAUCA